CCUCCCAGCCUCCCUGAGCACCUCUCUUUCCUCUCUGCCACCUCGCUCGCUCGCUCGCUCACUCACCUCCCUCCUGGCAUCAUGACCACCUGCAGCCGCCAGUUCACCUCCUCCAGCUCCAUGAAGGGCUCCUGCGGCAUUGGGGGCGGCUCCAGCCGCAUGUCCUCCGUGCUGGCCGGAGGGUCCUGCCGGGCCCCCAGCGCCUACGGGGGCCUGUCUGUCUCCUCCUCCCGCUACUCCUCCGGGGGGGCCUGCGGCCUGGGGGGCGGCUACGGCGGCGGCUUCAGCAGCAGCAGCAGCUUUGGUGGGGCCCUGGGUAGCGGCUUCGGUGGAGGAUAUGGUGGUGGCCUUGGUGCUGGCUUUGGAGGUGGCCUUGGUGCUGGCUUUGGUGGUGGCUUCGGCGCUGGCUUUGGAGGGGGUGAUGGCGGCCUCCUCUCCGGCAACGAGAAGCUCACCAUGCAGAACCUCAACGACCGGCUGGCCUCCUACCUGGACAAGGUGCGCGCCCUGGAGGAGGCCAACGCCGACCUGGAGGUGAAGAUCCGCGACUGGUACCAGAGGCAGCGGCCCAGUGAGGUCAAGGACUACAGCCCCUACUUCAAGACCAUCGAGGACCUGAGGAACAAGAUCAUCACGGCCACCAUUGAGAACGCUCAGCCCAUUCUGCAGAUUGACAAUGCCAGGCUGGCAGCCGAUGACUUUAGGACCAAGUAUGAGCACGAGCUGGCCCUGCGCCAGAGCGUGGAGGCCGACAUCAACGGCCUGCGCAGGGUGCUGGACGAGCUGACCCUGGCCAGGACUGACCUGGAGAUGCAGAUCGAAGGGCUGAAGGAGGAGCUGGCCUUCCUGAAGAAGAACCACGAGGAGGAGAUGCUUGCCCUGCGGGGUCAGACUGGCGGGGACGUCAGUGUGGAGAUGGACGCCGCCCCCGGUGUGGACCUGAGCCGCAUCCUGAACGAGAUGCGUGACCAGUAUGAGCAGAUGGCGGAGAAGAACCGCAGAGACGCGGAGGCCUGGUUCCUGAGCAAGACCGAGGAGCUGAACAAGGAAGUGGCCUCAAACAGCGAACUGGUGCAGAGUGGCCGCACGGAGGUGACCGAGCUCCGGAGGGUGUUCCAGGGCCUGGAGAUUGAACUGCAGUCCCAGCUCAGCAUGAAAGCAUCCCUGGAGAGCAGCCUGGAGGAGACCAAAGGCCGCUACUGCAUGCAGCUGGCCCAGAUCCAGGACCUGAUCGGCAACGUGGAGGAGCAGCUGGCCCAGCUGCGCUGCGAGAUGGAGCAGCAGAACCAGGAGUACAAGAUCCUGCUGGACGUGAAGACGCGGCUGGAGCAGGAGAUCGCCACCUACCGCCGCCUGCUGGAGGGCGAGGAUGCUCACCUCUCCUCUCAGCAAGCGUCCAGCCAGUCCUUUUCUUCCCACAACGUCUUCUCCUCCUCCUCGUCCCCCUCUGGCUACCAGACCCGGCCCAUCCUCAAGGAGCAGGGCUCGUCCAGCUUCAGCCAGGGCCCGAACUCCAAGCAAUGAGCUGCCUCUUCCGGAGCCUCCUGCCCGCCCGCCGGCCCCAACCUCCUGAAGGCCUGCGUCAGGGCCCUGUCCUCCCAGCGCGGUCCCCAAGCUGUCUCCCCUCCCCCUCUGCUGGUGGUGGGCUAAUAAAGCUGACUUUCCGGUUGACGCAAACCUGUGUGGUCUCUGUUCUUGAAC